AUGGAUUUAUAUUAUUUUAAUUUAAUUAUAAGGUACAAUAAUAAAAAGAAGAACCACCAUUAUAUAUUACUUUAUGAUAUUUCAAACCUGUAAUAUAAUCAUCAAAAAGUAAUCAAAAGACUCAGUAUAUUCAGAUAUAAAAAAAGGAUUAAACCAAUCAUUAUCUCCUUAGACUCCUUCUUCAAAAAAACAAAAUAAUGA